UGUUGAAAAUUGUUGUUUCAUAAAAAAAAAUCUAUAAACCACAAAAUUUUCUUUUCAAUGACUUUAUUGAUUUUACACAUCACAAAAAUGUUUUGUUGUCUUUCAGCUGGAAUAGAACAAAAUACUUUAUUUUUGUAUGUUGAAAUCAUUGUGUCAAUUCUCGGAAAUGAGGUAAAUCUUUGUUCAUUGUGAAUGAGUAUAAUGAACAGAACAAUGCUAUUGACAUUAUCUUUUAAUCUAAUUUAAUGAAACGCAGGUAAUAAACAUUUUGUUCUUAUGAUGGAAGUAAAAUAUUCACAUAACAUGUAUGUUGUUGGUAAACUGCUUUGAUAAUUUCAUUGAUUUAUAAUUCUUAUCUAUUUAAAUUGUUAGGAAAGCUUUUUAACUUGAAAACUAAAAUAAUCACUGAUAUUGUUUACACGUAAAGAUUUGACCCCAGUUAUAAUAGUUAUAAAAAACACUGUAAAAGAUGAACAUUGUUUCAAGACAGUUAACAUCCAUAUCUAUUAAAAACACAUUGUCACGUGUUAUUAAUAAAAGGAGCUUACAUUGGCAUUUCAUGAAUUGGUUUCCGUUGGAAACAAAAAGAAAUAUAUUUAUCCAGAAAAUAAGCGAGUGCAAGUUCAAUAGAAAAUACACAAAUGACUUUUAUAGUGACAUUGAAGUUACUAGUGGUUCUCUGAGUAAAAUUUUAAACACUGAAGAUAUAACAUUGUUUGAUGUCAGAAGUAGUGAUGAAGUGGCAGCAUUCGGUAUGAUUCCUGAAGCAAAACAUAUUCCAAUGGAUGAAAUGGAAUUUGCUUUAAAUCUAUCCGAAGAUGUUUUUGAGAAGAAAUAUGGUUUUCCAAAACCACCAGAUGAUGGUACUAAUGUUAUAUUUUAUUGUCAAGCAGGCGUAAGAAGUUUGCAUACAUUAGUGAUGGCGCAAAGCCUUGGCAUGGAAAAGGCAAGACAUUUAUCUGGUGGUUAUAUUGCGUGGAAAGAACACUCGGAGGCAGCGAUGUAACAGUAUAUACCUGGCAACAUCCAUGGACAAGAACUUGCAAGGGCGAACCGCAAGCUUAAAAUAACCCUUUUAUACUGAAUCAUUAAAUAUUCUAAAAUUUCUACACUUAAGACAUUCUUAAAAAAUAGUUAACAUGUGCAUGAAGGCCGAUCUCUGUUAGAGUACCAUCCGUAAGCUACAUAAAUACCAUUUUUUGGCUCCUUAUUCCUGUAUGGCGGCUUUAUUUUCGAAAUGCUGACUGUAUCUGCAGUCUUCGUCUCGCAAAUUAAUUGCACGAAUUUGGUACAAACUUAUAGUUAACUCAAGAUGUUGAUGUUGUAUUCUGCAUUGUUUUAUACAUUUGUUUUUAUCGUUUCAUUGAGCAAUUCCUAAUGCAACGAGGACCUAAGCAUUUGAUUUAUUUUAUCAUUAUGCUGGAUAAUCUUUAACUAUGCAGUAACUUGUUGCAUAGUUAAAGACUAUCCAGCAUAGUUUUAACAACUUGUCAGCUAUAUUGUUACUAUUGUGUAAACUAUUUGUAAAUGUUAUAUUUAAUAUUUAUAUCAAUUCUAUCUAAUUUUACUGUACAAAAAUAUCAUAGAGAACUUUAUCGAAAUUAUAAGAAUCUUGAAAUGGC